UCGAAUCCAUUCCAACACUCGAAAUUAAUUUCUCCCCUUCUCGCCCUAGGUCUCCUCCGACGAAAGGCAAGACGGCGGCCAAAGGCGGCCCUUCACAGAUUUCUGGCCAGCGGAGUCGUUCGCGACGGUUGUUGCGGGAUUCGAUCGGAAAAGGACUGGUCUCGGCGGCGGACAGCGGCAAGACGCGUGAGACUCACGGUGUUCUCGACGGCGAAAGGGCUGCUGAACGGUCGUGCGGUCGGUGGUGAUUCACGGCAGGGACAGGCGGUCGACUUCCCAGCUAGUUCGCGACGGCUGGGCCGAGAAGAGGACUGCGCGAACGGAUGGUGGUCGAGGGCUAGUGACGACUAUAAGUUCACGGAGGUGCUGGGGCUGCGUGGACUCUGUUCGGUGAUGACGUUCAGUGGUGGGGGCUGCUCGAUCUUGACUUGCGGUGGCUCCAACGGCUCUCGGUGGCGGCGGCCUGAGCGAUUGGGCGCUGUUACGAGGGACUCGCGUGGGGGAUAUGACAAUGGCUAUCGUUGUGCGACAAGUUGCGGUCAUAACGAGUUUGAGUUCGGGAUUUGGACCAGAAAUUUGAGAGAGAUCGAGAUGAAUUUGCACAGCACUUCGAGAAAAGAUACGAGGAGGAUCUCCUCAUUACGCUGCCAAUCUCAGUUAUUCUCAAGAGGGAUUAAGGGACAAUAAUAGUGAUUAAAGCAUACCAUAUUGGAUUGGUACGAACAGCACAAAAUAAGGGGAUUAUGAUCGGUCAAAGGAGGAGUUAGUAUUCGACCUGUGCAUUUGCACAGUUAUAAAUA